AAAAAGUUUUGUCUGUCCCCUCAUGCAAGGACCAAUUAAACGAUGAAUAUUUUACAUAUAACCUGAAACUGAAAUUUACUCGCGAAGUAGAAAAGGGAUUUAUUUUGGUUUAGUGAGGCUCUACAUUUUGUUCUGGUUGUGAAAAUGGAGGAUAAUCCUUUUCUGCAAUUGCCUCCGCGGGAAUGGAUUUGUGAAAAGUGCGGCAAGACGUUCGCUGCCUGGACCUCUCACAAUGCACACCAGAAAACCCAUGACGGAAAGAACCAAAUUGUGUCUCCACAUCGGCCUGAGCAGUCACCUGAAGCGUUGGAGGGGUCUCGAACUCGAAGCUUUUGUGUUGCUACUCCACGUUUGCCGAGCGUCGAGCUUGGAAUUGGACCCGAUCCUUUAGGACGAAUUCCAGACGAUAGACCUCCGACUCUUCACCAGUUCUUUCCUCUCCCUAAGGAUGAUAAAGCCGGAUAAAAGACGAAUUCCCGACGAUAGAUCCCCGACUUUUCACCAGUUCUUACCUCUCCUUAAGGAUGUUAAAGCUGGAUAAAAGGCAAACUAAAUGCUAUUUUUUCCAGAGAUAUAUGCAUUAUUUGCAGCACUGUUUCUAAAAUACAGAAGAUUAUCGUCUUUUAACAGUCAUUUAUUAGAGUAGUUGUGAGCUAGGACUAAGCAUUUGUAAAAACAAUUGAAAGUAUUUGCAAGAAUAAUUGAAAUAAAUGAAUGAGUGACAUUUCUUCGUCUGGGACAGAAGAUGCAAUCCUGAAAGAUUUAUUUUAUUUCACUGAGUGCCUAGACUUUCUAUUGUGAAAUGACCUUUAAGGAUUUAUAGAGACAAAUUUUCAUUUAUCUUUA